CUGUUCAUCUUCGCGGGACGGCGCUACAUGGAGGCGCGCACGGGCUUCCGCCUGCAGGGGCCUCUCAUCCUCUGGUCGGCCGGCCUCGCCGUCUUCAGUAUCGUGGGGGCAGUGAGGACGUGGGGCUACAUGGGGGCUGUGCUCCUCAGCGGGGGCUUAAAGCCCACCGUGUGCUUCGCCAACCACAUCAACCAGUCCAUAAUCCAGUUCUGGUCCUGCAUCUUUCUUCUCAGCAAGGUCAUCGAACUCGGAGACACGGCCUUCAUCAUCCUGCGUAAGCGGCCUCUCAUCUUUGUGCACUGGUACCACCACAGCACCGUGCUGGUGUACACAAGCUUCGGGUACAAGAACCGAGUGCCCGCGGGCGGCUGGUUCAUGACCAUGAACUUUGGCGUGCAUGCCAUCAUGUACACCUACUAUACCCUGAAGGCUGCCAACAUGAAGCCCCCCAGGGUGCUUGCCAUGCUCAUCACCAGCCUGCAGAUCCUGCAGAUGUUUGUAGGUGCCAUCUUCGGCAUUCUGACCUACAUCUGGAGGCAGGAACAGGGAUGCCACAACACAGAGGAGCACUUCUUCUGGUCCUUGGUCUUGUACACCAGCUACUUCAUCCUCUUUGUCCACUUCUUCCGCCACACCUACAUCAGGCCCAAGGUCAAAGCCAAGACCAAGAACCAGUAAAGGCUUGGAGAGAACAAUGAAGCCCUAGGCUCUCUCUCCCCCAGGGCACUAAGGGGCCCGGCUCAGGUUUGGGAGAAUGAUUAGGGUGCCUUACCUGCAUGGUUUCUCCACGGAAUGUGUGCCCCAAGAUGGCAGGAGAUUAUGACAGACAAGAGUGACCUCUGGGAUGGGGUACGGUCUAGUACUUUGUCGUUUCUGUUUUUAAUGUGAAGGGCAAUCAGGCCCUGGGAUGGGGGUGGGAAUGAGGGGGUCCCCAGAGCUGAGUUAUUUAUAUUUCUAUCCAGAAAUCUUUCUUCGUCUCGCUCUACUUUUUUAAUUAAACAUUUCAACCAGA